UUUAUGUUGUCAGUUUUCAUCAUUUCAUAAUAUGCUAUCCUGUUAUAUUCAAAACCAUUGCGGAUGGUUCGCUCAAUAAUUUGAAAAGGAACUGAUGAUCAGUGUUUAAAUGUUAUUUUAAAUAUAGGUUAUCUUGCUACGUAACAGGAAAGGAAUUUCCAAAUUUUUCAACAGGAAUAAAAUAUUAUCUCACGAAAAUGGAGAAUACAAUUGAAAGAAUGCACCAAGAUCCAGAUUAUUGUCGCUAUAUUUCAAUGAAAAUGUCAGCUGUGCUACAUGACAUUGGCAUAAAUGAAGAAUCGAUACAGAAAAGACGAAGUGCGAGGCUUAAAAGUGAAUCUAUGUUAAAUGCAAUAACGCUUUUGAUCAAUGAUGAUGCAUCUAUUUACAUUUUUGGUAGUCAAAGUGAAUGUUCAAUACCACUAUUAAUGCAAUCAGACGUAGAUUAUUUGUCAUGUAAUAACAAAAUCAAUUUAGUACAGACAAGUGGUCAGUGGAAGCCGAGAAAGUACAACAUUCUAGUGAUUCAAGACGAUAGCACAUCCCCUGGAUACUGUCUUCUACAAGAUCUGAAUGAAACUUCUGAUAAAGAUUUUGAAACAAUAUUGUUUGAAAAAGAAAUGAGAAAAAUAUUUGAUUCGGAAGGUGCUUUUGAAUUACGCGGGGAAAGAAUGUUGAUGAAAAAUACAUUUCUCACUAAACUUGAUUUUAAAGGCUGUAGAAACGGACCAGCUUUAACGAGACCAGGAAAUGGACGUAAUCUUGAUUUCGAUUAUGUCAAAGCUAUGCAUUGUACAGAUUGGCCAUUUGAAGCCAAAUCAUGGCUAAAUAAUCAAGGGAAAGGAAAUUGGCCUAGCAAAGAGUUGAAGGAAAAAUGCGAAACUACUGGCUUUUUUGUUGUGCCAGUUGCAAGUAAGAGUGGUCUGUACGAAGACCUUGAAUGGAGAUUAUCUACUUCGCUUGCUGAGAGAUUACUCAUGUUCAGCUUAAACAUUACACAAAUGAGAUGCUACGUCCUUAUGAAAUUAAUUGUUAAAACAUUUAUAACUCCUGAAUGCGGAGAUGUCAUUUCAAGUUUUAUAUGUAAAACCACAUUAUUUUUCUGUAUAUUUAAACAAGAAACAUGCAUCUGGAGAGAACAGAAUUUGCUUUUAUGUUUAAAGUAUUGCCUUGAGGAAUUGAAAGACUUUGUAAUGCAGGAAAAUUGUCCACAUUUUAUGAUACAUGGAAAUAACCUACUAGCUGGAAAAGUCACGUCGUCAAACAAAAAAAGGAUAGAAAACAUUUUACAUGAAAUUAUAAAAAGUAACGGCCAACAACUUUUAAAGAUUUCUAUUUGUGACUUCGGUUACUUGCUUCAGAAAAUAUGUAGUAAACCAUAUCCAUUCAUUCAAGGCGAUUAUCACCUUAGGAAUAAGAUUUUGUUUGGUACAGAAGUCAUUAUACAAUAUGGAGUAAAUACAGUGUUACAAUUCUGUAUGUCCAGUUUUAAUGGUAAAUUACUUUUGACUAACUUUAUAAAUUCCCUUGUACAAAAAUACGUGGACAUCCAUUCAAGCAAAGAAUACAAAAAAGCAAUCAGACUUUUAACACCAAUAGUACGUGCAUUUCUCGGAAGUAUUAUAGCUUCUGAUGACAUUCGUACUAACACCAAGAUGUCUUCUACUGCGCUUGUCUGCCUACUGGGAGGAUUUUCUUCUGAUGCAGCAUCUGGCAAACUUAAACUGGCAUCAGCUUUACUCUCUGCUGAUGAACUAAUUGCAACGGAAGCUGUUCUGAAUAAUGUCAUUGAUAUGUACCGUAACAACAGUGUUCAUGAACAAUGUUUAUGCAAAAGGUUUUCAACAGAACUUAAUACAUACUUUAAACCAGGAUUUAUCAAACAUCUAAUCACUAAAAAUGAAAAGAAUUUCAGGAAUGUAAUAGCCCUUUGUGUAAGAUAUAUGCCAUGUGAAUUUUACUGUAUGCCAAAAGAAAUACAAUACGAAAUUUUCCGUUCAAGUAAAAAAGAAAAGUUCAGAGACUUUAAACGUUUUGAUGAUUUUUUAAUAGAACGUUUUGAUGAUUUUUUAAUGGCCAUGGGUGCCGUGGAUUCUCUCCCAUACCUCUAUUUUCUUCAGUACAAGACGUAUGGCAGUCUUCGUAAUGUUACUGAACAACAGAAAGCACUGCGAAAUCUUAUCAACGUAAUUAGGAGAGAACCAUUUCUUUACCACAGAGAAACUGACUUUAAUCUACUUGGACAAUGUAUGGAACAGGAAGAAAGAUAUGAAGAUGCGUUUGUCUGUUACUUGAAAUCUUUUAAAAUAAGAUCUGAUAACAAUGUAGUAAGAAUACAUAUUUGUAAACUCCUUAAUCGAAUGAUAAAUAAUUGAUCUGAAUAUUUACAAAUAACAUAAAUAUAUGUAUAUCUAUGUACAUACCUCGGAAGUAUUAUAGCCUUUGAUGACAUUCGUG